UAGCGGGGCUUACACACUAGCAAUCAUCCAUCUCACUCUCAGGCUGGCUAGCUAGCUACACGUACGUUCCCUAGCUAGCUAGCCACUAGCCAGCUCUAGCUAGUUGCAUCUUGAUCGAAUGGCGGGCGCAGUGAAGAUUGGUUCAUGGGGUCUACCCAGCGGAAAACUUUGCGACAUCAACAGCUACAGCAGCCCCCAACGCCUCAUCAGCAUCACCGUGUAUAGCAACGAAACCCCUGGAGGCUGCAUCGUUGGCUUCUCCUUCACCUACGUGGACCAGACCGGAGGGGCCAUCAACGUCGGCACAUGGGGCAACACCUGGGGAGGCGUCAAAACGAUUUAUAUGAACCAGGGGGAGCAUGUGAACGAUGUGAGCGGCACCUCCAACAGCAGAGGGGUGACCUCGCUCAAGAUAGUCACCAACCAGGGGGACCGCGGCACGUACGGGUGUCCGGCGGGCGACGCAUUCAGCGUGCCGCUGCGGCAGGGCAAGAACGAGGUGGUGGCCUUCUUCGGCCACUCCGACGACACCCUCAAGUCCCUGGGCGUCUACGUGCCGGGGGCCAAGGAGUGCCCCGUCAAGAUUGGCCCCUGGGGCGGCCACCUCGGCUCCUCCAGGGACCUCUACGCCAGCAACAUGCCGGUGCAGCUGCAGAGCAUCGCCGUCCGCAGCAGCGAGAGGUCCGGCGGCCGCGUCUUCGGCUUCUCCUACAACUACUUGGACAAGGCCGGCCAGCGCAUCAGCGUUGGCCCCUGGGGCUCCAGGACCAAAGGCCAGCAGCGCAACAUCGCCAUGAACGAGGACAACUACGUCACCUUCAUCAGCGGCACCUACGAUGACUACGGCGUCACCUCGCUCAAGUUCGAGUCCACCCAAGACGACUACGGCCCCUUCGGGUGCCCGGUGGGCACCGCCUUCAGCGUGCCUGUGCGGGAUACCGGGGCCAUCGUCGGCUUCUUCGGCCGCUCCAGCGCCGACGGCCUCGUCGGCUUCGGUGCCUAUGUCGUGCCGCUGGAUGACUAGCUAUCUGGUAGCUAAUUAACGAUCCAGACUAUGCAUGCAUUCUUACACCUAUUGUACUACCGCAUGCCCAGUGAGUUGUGUUAAAAAAACAAGGCAGCUACUAUGCAUGAUGCUAUACAAGUUGAUGUGUGUGGUGAAUAAGGAUUACUUAUGCGAGCUUGCGUGUACGUUAGCAACAUGCAUGCAUGUAUGUGUGCUCACAUGCAAAUAUAUAUGUACACUACUGUAAGUUUGCCGUCCGAAUAUAUAUGAAAAAAAUAGUAUUUAUA